ACAGGCAUACGUGACGAGGGGACUCUGAAACAACAUAUAUUGAAGGUUCAGCGUGACGCUUAUCAGACCAGAUCUUAUACAUGCAUCCGCUGGUUCACAUUCACAGAGCUCCAAUUAGCAAGGCUUCCAGCAUACACUGAACUCCUGAAGCUUGGACAAGAACGCCAAGGGGCCAUCCUGCUCGAAAUAGGAUGCUGCUUUGGUAAUGAUAUAAGGAAGGCAAUCGCAGACGGCUAUCCACUCCAGAACUGCAUCGUGUCAGACAUUGAGCCCGCCCUCUGGAACUUCGGCUUCCAGCUCUUCAACGACACUCCAGAAACAUUCCCUGUCCCCAUCGUCGCAGGCGACGCCCUCGACACAGCCUUCCUCGAGCCCGUCCCUCCCUUCACCUCUCACCCCUCCACUCCAGCCCCUCCUCUGUCCUCCGUCACGCAAUUGUCCCAGCUCCACGGGCAAGUCUCUGCCAUAUACCUCUCCGCCGUCUUCCACCUCUUCCCCGAGGAGAAGCAGCUCCAGCUCGCACAUGCGAUCGCAGGGCUACUCUCGCCCGCCCCGGGAUCGCUGAUCCUCGGCUGGCACGCCGGCCUCCACGAGAAGGGCGUGCUCCCGGGCCCGCAGCGUCCGGACGGCCAGCAUAUGGGUAUCUUCUGCCACUCGCCGCAGACGUGGAAGGAGCUGUGGGACGGGGGCGUUUUCCCGAAGGGACGGUGCGCGUCGAGGCGGAGUUGA